AAGCAAUCUUCUUCACGACAUAUUCAACUCCCAACCACUUCCAAAAUCCUUCCAUCUCUCCACUGUCACCGGCGUCGGAAGCCUAACGCUCGAAAUUUCGCCGGAGAUCCAUUCAAGUUAGUACAGAAAAAGGAGAAUAUCUAAACGAAAUGGUGUGCUUCUGCUUUUUAGUGGACCAAACUCGACAAGUGAGGCGCUGCAAGCCUGCGGCGGGGCUUUGUUCACGGUGCGGCGGCGGAGCUAGUGUCGCAGAUAUGAAGACCGCCACCAGGUUCUGCUAUGUUCCGUUCUACUGGAAAUCGUGGAAAGCUAUUAUGUGUACUUUCUGUGGCGCCAUUCUUAAAACUUACUAGUGAUUUGAUUUGAUUGAUUAGGGCUAUAAUAUACUGAAGAAAUCAAUUAUUUAUUGAGAUCGAUUUAAACUUCCUCUAAUCCAAUCUCUUGAAGUUUAUGAAACAUAUUUGUUGAUUUUAUUAUUUUCAUCACUGUUUAGAAUCGUAAUCAGCUUCGAUAAAUUCUAAAUAAAUUUGAACUUUGAAGGAGA